CAUUUUCUCUAUAUCAUACUCCGUCUUCAAGCGCUUUCUCUCUAUACUUUCUCUCUCUAGAAAGCGGCAAGCAGAGAAAAACAAUGAGGACGGCUAUGUUGAGAUCGAUCCGUGCUUCCCUUCAGAAAUCUUCUUCAUCUGCUUUACUCCACCGGAGUUACUCAUCGGAGUCUGCUCCUGCACGUAAAGUCGCUGUCUUGGGAGCCGCCGGUGGUAUCGGACAGCCGCUUGCACUUCUCAUGAAAUUAAACCCUCUCGUAUCUAGCCUCUCCCUAUACGAUAUCGCCGGUACUCCCGGUGUCGCCGCUGAUGUCAGCCACAUCAACACCAGAUCUGAGGUCGUUGGUUACAUGGGUGACGAAAAUUUGGGAAAGGCAUUAGAAGGAGCUGAUGUUGUCAUUAUUCCAGCUGGUGUACCAAGGAAGCCAGGUAUGACCCGUGAUGAUCUUUUCAACAUCAAUGCUGGCAUUGUUAAAGCUCUGUGCGAAGGUAUCGCCAAGUAUUGUCCCCAUGCAUUGGUUAACAUAAUCAGCAACCCUGUGAACUCCACUGUACCCAUUGCUUCUGAAGUCUUCAAGAAAGCAGGAACCUAUGAUGAAAAAAAGCUUUUUGGUGUUACAACACUUGAUGUUGUCAGGGCAAAAACUUUCUAUGCUGGAAAGGCUAAAGUCCCAGUUGCUGGAGUCAAUGUGCCUGUUGUUGGCGGACAUGCUGGUGUUACCAUUCUACCCUUGUUCUCUCAGGCUACACCACAAGCAAAUAGUUUAUCGCAUGAAGAGAUAGUUGCUCUAACUAAAAGAACUCAAGAUGGUGGAACUGAGGUUGUGGAGGCUAAAGCUGGAAAGGGUUCAGCCACACUUUCAAUGGCUUAUGCUGGAGCAAUAUUUGCUGAUGCUUGUUUGAAAGGUCUUAAUGGGGUUCCAGAUGUUAUUGAAUGUUCAUUUGUGCAAUCAAGUGUAACUGAACUACCAUUCUUUGCAUCAAAGGUGAGACUUGGGAAGAAUGGUGUAGAGGAAGUUUUUGGGCUUGGGUCACUAUCAGACUUUGAGAAGCAAGGUUUGGAAGCUCUUUUGCCAGAGUUGAAGUCAUCCAUUGAAAAGGGAAUCAAGUUUGCUAACCAGAGUUAAGUAACUCGGGUGUUUGCAUAUUUCACUAUUUAAAAAAAUUGUCAACAGUUUUGGACAUUUGGUUGAUGUGAAGUGAACUUUUGUUGUACCCUUUUGCUGAGAGUGUUAUUCAGGAGGCACUAGGCUUACUACUUACCUGCCAAAUAAAAAGGGAAAGGCAGAUGUCUUUACCUUGCCCAUAUAAUACCGAAAAAGAAUGUUAGAUUGUUUUUUAUUUUUAUCUUAUUCUAUUGGACUUUGAAUUGUUGUUUAAUAACUAUUUUGAGUUAGUGAUCAAAAGGAACUACUCUAUAUAUGCUUAA